AAUCAGUCUAACAUGGUGAGAUAUGGUGGAAAUUGUGUCUGGUUUGAGUGUUAUUUGGGUGAAGGUGCUCGUGCCGUCCCUCUGGCAGGCCAUGUCGGCUUUGACAGCAUGCCUGACCAGCUGGUCAACAAGUCUGUCAACCACGGAUUCUGCUUUAACAUCCUCUGUGUUGGUGAGACAGGACUGGGGAAGUCCACCCUGAUGGACACAUUGUUCAACACCAAGUUUGAGGGCGAGCCAACCCAGCACAACCAGCCAGGAGUCACGCUCAAGUCCAACACCUAUGAACUCCAGGAGAGUAACGUGCGCCUCAAACUCACUGUUGUCAACACCGUGGGCUUUGGAGACCAGAUCAAUAAAGAAGACAGCUACAAGUCCAUUGUGGAGUUUAUUGAUGCCCAGUUUGAAGCAUAUCUACAGGAGGAACUGAAAAUCAAGCGGACGCUACACAGCUACCACGACACCCGCAUCCACGCAUGCCUGUACUUCAUCGCUCCCACGGGGCACUCACUCAAAUCCCUGGACUUGGUGACCAUGAAGAAACUUGACAGCAAGGUCAAUAUAAUCCCAAUCAUUGCCAAGUCAGAUGCCAUCUCCAAGAGCGAGCUGGCCAAGUUCAAACUCAAAAUCACCAGUGAGCUGGUCAGCAACGGUGUGCAGAUCUACCAGUUCCCUACUGAUGAUGAAUCUGUGGCAGAGAUCAACUCCACCAUGAACAGCCAUUUGCCGUUUGCCGUGGUGGGGAGCACAGAGGAAGUGAAGAUUGGUAACAAGAUGGUGAAGGCCCGGCAGUACCCCUGGGGGACGGUGCAGGUGGAAAACGAGAAUCACUGUGACUUUGUCAAACUGCGAGAAAUGCUGAUCAGAGUGAACAUGGAGGACCUGCGGGAGCAGACUCACACACGCCAUUAUGAGCUCUACCGCCGCUGCAAACUGGAGGAGAUGGGCUUUAAGGACACCGACCCUGACAGCAAGCCCUUCAGUCUGCAGGAGACAUAUGAAGCUAAGAGGAACGAGUUCAUGGGUGAGCUGCAGAAGAAAGAAGAAGAAAUGAGGCAAAUGUUCGUCCAGAGAGUCAAAGAGAAGGAGGCUGAGCUUAAAGAAGCAGAGAAAGAGUUGCAUGAGAAGUUUGACCGUCUGAAGAAGCUCCACCAGGACGAGAAAAAGAAACUGGAGGAAAAGAAGAAGGCCCUGGACGACGAGCUCAACACAUUCAAACAGAAAAAGACUGCAGCAGAGCUCUUGCAGAACCAAGCUCAGCAGGCAGGGGGCUCCACCACGCUUAAGAGGGACAAAGAGAGGAAAAACUGAUGUGACUCCGUGCCUGUUAGAAAAGGAAGAAGACACUUGCACUGAGAAGCUUAGGAUCCCUGUAGAAAAAGUGCUCCCUUGUGGCCAUCCUGCUGUGAAUGAGUUUCCACCCCAUCAUCCUUUACCGUACCCCUUACCCACCCUCACCCAACCCCCAUAAUUCAACCCUCCACGUGCCCCCCACCCCUCCCACUCCCUGCUCUGUGGAAGAUGCUGGGCAUUGCUAUCAGUUUUACAUCACUUGUUUUUGCUGAAUGAUGCUUGUCUGUCAUUUGGUUUAUACAAGCAAUUAUUCAGCGUGUCUUUUUAUACAACUUGACAAAAAAAUAUAUGCAUUCCGUAUUUGUUUUAUAUUCAGCGAUUCUUUGCAUGAUGGAGUGAGCUUUUUUAAUAUUAACAUACAUGACUACUGUUGUGAUGGGUAGAAAUGUAUUGAGGCUAAAGGGAAAUCAUGCAUCAGACACUGGGACCUUAUUGUGUGCAUAUUUGGUCAAAGAUCUGCCGUAGAGUACAGUGAAGAAAGAAUGAAGACAGCUGAGGACUGACAUUAAGUUAAUGUCUUAUAAAACUGAUCCAUCUUCAGCUUAGUGGUUCUCAAUUUUACAAUUUGAGACUCUCUGAAAUACCUGCUCACCUUUAAAUGGUGAACAGCAGUUACCAACAGUUACCACUGAACUUGAGAUCUAGUUUUCUACUUUGGUAUUUAUGUCCCUUUGCUGGUGUUGUUUUACUUUAGCCUGAUGCAUGAGUAGAUGUGAGCCUAAUCUCUUUGCCACUUCUCCCAUACCUCAUUCAUUGUCAUGUGUUGUGUGCAUAUUUGUAUUAGCUUUCACAUUUGCACUUUGUUUACACACAAAUGUGAUAUUUCUUAAGUAUAUAUUAAUGUUGUCAGUGCAAUUGUAACUUUCUUUUUAUUUUACCUAUUAUGAAGGCACAUUGAAAAGUCAUUCAUCUUGAUGUCCAUUGUCCUGCAGGGACCAGUGUUGUUUUGUAUCAUUGUUGCACAUAACCAAAAAAAAAAAAAAAAAAAAAUCUCGAGAAAAUAAAGGCCAAUUUUUCACCAAAUGUUACAACUGUGGCCAUAAUCAUUGUGUAUGACAAACAUUGCUGUAAAUUAGGUGAUUAAAUGAAAGUUUAAUGAAUCUCAAUGGGUAAAGUUGCUGAAUGAAGGCUUUACUUUGAUGUUAUCCCCUUUGUUCAUGUCCAAAUUUCAGUGUAAACUGUGUGGUCCUAAGUGUCCUCACAGCUUUGGCUAACAUCUCAAAGUCACGUUUUUUUCUUUUGUUACUCUCCGUUCUUUGAUUUUAAAAUCUUCAGGUAUGUUUAUUUCUUUUAUCUCAGAAUCACAGAGCAUUUGUUACCUCAGUUAUUUCUUUUUUUUCACCACUUCAAGGUUCAAGAUUACUGUUUUGUUUUUUUUGUCUUGUGAAAGGGAAAAGAUUGAAAACAUUCCUGCUUUGAAAAACACUCUGGUUCCACAUGAUAAUCAGGGUCAGAAUACAUCUAGAGUAGAGCCAUUCCCUCUUCCUACCCCUCAGCUCACUGGUCUGUGUGGUUUCACUUUCCUUUGCAGUAAUCCCUGGCUCUGCACUGAGUAGGUCCUCAACCCUCAAGCUUUGCUAAGGGACCAGCCUUUUGUGGGUACUGAGUACCUCAAAUGUGACCCGAGGCUCUGUGGACCCCAUCCUUCAGGGUUUCUUAAUCAUUACCUGCUCUUGCUAUGAAAUGGGUUAAUGUGUGUUCGUGUUUCACUGCUCCUCUAACCUCACCUUGAGCGAUCUAAUUCUUGCUUUAUUAUGCUACUGCUUAUGCUUAUGUGUGUACUGUUUUUUGCCUUGACUAACACCCUUUUCCACUUAAGUUGUGACAGAGAUAUUACAUGUACACUUGUUCAUUUAUUCUAAUAUUUGGAUAGCACGUUUACAUUUUGUCUCACUUAGAUGGACCACAGACAAGUAGACAAUCCUGUGGAAUUAUAACACAUCUACAAGAUUCAUUCACUGUUUUAAAAAAUUCAAACAGCAUCGUCAGUGGGCACAAUAUCUUCUCAUUAUUCACGCUUAAUGUGUUGUUUGAAUGAUUUUCUCCCGGAUAUCAGAUGCACUUCUAAAUCUUUGACUCUGGCCCUUACGUUUUUAUGAAUGUUUCUGCUUUGCCAACUCCUCUAACUGCUGGCUUUCUUUCUCUUUGUCUCUUUAGCUUCUUUUAAUCUGUCUUGACCACCUGAAGAGGGGAUUGCAGCUUCAGCAAGAACUAAGCACCCUUUACCUCUUCCUGUUUUUCUCGCUGUAUCAACCUUUUAUAUUUUCUCCCCAUUGCAUCUCAUUUUUGUUGAAUAUGGCCUUAUGUGGACUCGCAUGGUAUUUCUGACCACCUAAUGAAGCUCUAAACCCAGGCAGGUUGGGAACCGGGCACAGUUUAAAUCUGCUAUUAUGUCUUAAUGUAUAUAAAGGGACUCUUGUAGUUAAUAGAAGUCAUCAGUGGGGGGUUUACACAUUUGCAGGACUCAUAAGUUGAAGUUGUUAUUUGAUCUUUACUUGAAAUAAGACUGCAAUGAACUGCACUAUGCACUCAUUUUUUUUCAGUGGGAUUCUUAAUACAAAGUGCACCUCAGAAUAAAAUGCAACUGCAACAUCAAAGCUUACUCAUAAAGUAAAAACUCACCAAGGAAAGGUGCACUUAAUGUAUGAUGUGGUUUGAAGUACAGUAUAAUGAGUAGAAAGGUUUUCUGAACAUUGAAAUUAAACAGCAGAAUUAAAUUAGAGUCAUGAUCAUGUAAAAGCCAAAGUAAUAUUUAUAUUUAGCACUUCAUUUUAUGGUGCCCAUGUUUACAUGUCACUCUUGAAUACCAUGGAGGUCACAUGUCAUGGCCUUUUAUUACACACUGUGCUUUAAUAUUCACAAGCCUAUUCUAUAUUUUGCAUGCAUCUUUUUAUUUCAUUACCGCUGUGAUCUUUGACCUGCUUGUUUUUAUCCCCUAAUAACUCGGUUUUGCAGUCUGUUUCAACUUCAUCGCUGUUUUCUUCAAAAUGGUGCAUAUUAUUCAUGUAUAUUUGCUCUGUCCUAUGAUUCCAGCUCCCACUUUGCCAAAUAUUAGAAUAAGAUGGAGUUGAACUGAAUCCCAGAUAGGAGUAUUAAAAAAAUACUCAUGCAUUUAUAUAAUUUAUAAGGAUAUAUUUUGUGUAUUGAAGUGGAGACUUGUUGUUUAUUACCUAUGAUCAUUGGACGUGACUCUGAGUGUAAAGUAACAUUUUGGUGUCGAAAAAAAAAGGCCAUACAUUUUUCUAGUAUCAGUCAUCACCUCUUGUAGUCAAAAGCUCUCCCACAUGACAAAUGUUUCAAUAUCUUACUUUAAUUUGACUCCAUUGAUGUACAUUUUCAAUAAAAAAUAUGAUCCAAA